UUGUUGGUUGCCCACCCACUAAAAAAUGUCUGUUGGUAUUAUUUUUUAUAGUUACAGCUGGUCCGUUUUGAGAUUAAAUAUAUUAAGACUAACAAAUACACCGAUUUUUUAUAACAAUUUAGUGUUAAAAUUGUGUCUCGCCAGUGUUGAAAAAUAUUUGCCCCAAUUUGCUCCAACCCUAACGAUGGCAGCUGAUCCAUCCAAAGUGAAGGAAUUAAAAUUGUUAUUUGAUCGUCUCCAGGAGGCUAAAAAGCAAGCCGACGUAUUAAAAACUGAGAUGAUUAGUAUUAGAAAAGAACUGGAAAAAGCUGAAUCUCAGUUAUUCCCGAACUCGUUUAAAUUAAAUUGUAAAACCACGUCGGACCAGUGUGAUUUUGAUGCGCCCUCGACGAAAAAGGCAAAAUGUGACUUUUCACGCGACGGCGAUUAUGUCAUAGUGUACACAGAUGGGGCUUGUGAAAAUAACGGACGUUGGGGGGCAAAGGCCGGCAUAGGGGUUUGGUUUGGCGACAAUCACCCCUUGAAUGCUUCCCAGCCGGUCAAAGGUAAGGCUACUAACAACGCUGCUGAAAUUCAAGCCUGCAUUUGCGCAGUCCAGAUUGCAAGAGAUAAUGGGAUUAAAAAAUUGCAAAUUAUUACCGACUCACAAUUUACUAUUAAUGCAAUGACGAAGUGGAUAAAAGCAUGGAAGAAAAAUAAUUGGAAAUUGUCAAGUAGCAAUAAUCCUGUUAAAAAUAAGACUGAUUUUCAAAAGUUGGACAAAUUGUGUGAAGGACUGGACAUAAAAUGGACACACGUCGCUGGCCAUAGUGGAAUCGAGGGAAACGAAUGUGCUGACAGGUUGGCCAGAGAAGGGGCCAAAUUAUACGUUGAAUAACUAUUUCGUCAAUAAACUAUUUUUUAACUAAA